AUGGAGAAACUUAGAUAUGUUUUGUUUUGUGUGGUUUUAAGUCUGUGUACAUGUGACGCUUACAAGAUCUUGGUCGUGUUUGCGAAUCCGAAUCCUAGUCAUGGUAUACUUGGAGACAAUAUGGUUAAACAUCUUCUUAGUGCUGGACACGAAGUGACAUACAUAACACCUUACAUAGAAACACUGAAGAAUAAGACAAAAGCACAUUUAGUGGAUGUUGGUAACACUCACAAAAUAUUAGAAGUGGCAAAAGACAUAUUGGACUUGAAGCAGAUUCUAGAAGGGACAGUAGAAUCACCAGACUUUAAACUCAUGUUCGAACUGGUGUCCACAAUCGGUGAUAUGACACUUAGCAACCCGAAUGUUCAAAAACUGUUGAGAGACCCAAAACAGAAGUUUGACGUCAUUAUUGCUGAAUUCAUGUUCAAUGAAUUGUUUUCCACGUUCUCAGCAGUUUAUCAGUGUCCUUACAUCUGGUUCUCUACUAUUGAACCAAAUUGGAUAGCUCUGCACUUGGUGAGCGAUCCUAUGAACCCAGCCUAUAAUAGUGACUAUCUUCAUGGUCGAAUUCCUCCUUUCUCUUUUAAGGAAAGAGUUGAAGAGCUGUGGACGCAAAUUAAAGGAUUAUAUCAUUAUAAUUUUAACUUCUAUAAUGCAGAAGAAGCCAUAUACCAAAAGCAUGUAGUCCCUAUCCUAAAGGAACAAGGAAAACCAGUUCCUGACUAUAAUGUGCUAAAAUAUAAUGCUUCGCUAAUGUUGGGUAAUACAAAUGUGGCGAUUGGUAACGCAAUGCCACUGCCACCAAGCUACAAGCACAUUGGAGGUUACCAUAUUGAUGAAGAGGUCAAGUCAUUACCGGAGGAUUUGAAGAAAAUUAUGGAUAAUGCCAAUAAUGGGGUGAUAUACUUCAGUAUGGGCUCCAAUUUAAAGAGCAAGGAGUUACCAGAUGAACUGAAAAACGGUUUAUUGGAGGUGUUCGGAGGACUGCAGCAGACAGUUUUGUGGAAAUUUGAGGAGAAUCUACCGAACAAGCCUAAAAAUGUCCAUAUCGUACAGUGGGCACCGCAGCAGAGCAUAUUGGCCCAUCACAAUUUGAAAUUGUUCGUCACUCAUGGUGGUCUCUUGUCACUCACUGAGGCGGUUCACUUCGGAGUUCCACUUAUUGUCAUUCCAGUUUUCGCAGACCAGUUCCUCAAUGCAAACCAAGCUAAAAAUAAGGGAAUCGCAGAAAGAGUUGACCUUUCUUACAACUUAGAUAAAAACUUGAAGGUUGCUUUGGACAAAGUUCUUGGUAAUUUUUCCAAAUACUCGGCCAGAGCAAAGGAGGUUUCUGCAGCAUACCAUGACAAUCCGAUGAGGCCGGGAGUAGCGUUGAACUUCUGGGUGGAACACGUGGUGCGCACGCGCGGCGCCCCGCACUUGCGUUCAGUGGCGCUACAAGUACCGCUGUACCAACAAGCAUACCUAGAUCUGUUAGCUGUAAUACUGGCAGUUGCUGUUGUUAUAUUACUAGCAGUUAGGAAAAUUAUAAGUUUAUUAACUGUGAAGAACAUGAAAUUGAAGAAGAAUUAA